GAGACAGGGUCUUGCUUUAUGUAGCUAAGGCUGGCCUAGAAUUUGGGAUCCUACUGCCUCGUUUCCCAGUUGCUGGGAUUACAGCCUCACACCUGUAAUACCAGCCGUUUUUAAUUUAAAAGGAUUGUAAACCGCAUCAGCGCCUCCAGCACAGCGGACCACCUAGUGAGCUUCCCGCCCAUGCCUCGCCCUGCUGUGCCUAGUCGCUGCUUCGGGCUGAGACAGCUGGCGAGUUUGUCUUUUGAUUUUAGUUUUAAAAUAAGUUUGUUUAGGAGGAAGUACGCUUUGACUAAUAGAGUUCAUUCAGUGCAACAAAGAAACCCAGACUAAAUUCUCUGCGUUUCCCUCAGAGAGCAGCUGCUGGGAAGGCAGUGGGAGGGCGACCACCUGGGCUUCUGCCUCUCCCUCUCCUGGAUUGGUUCUCUAGUUGCUGAGCUUUUUGUGCUUCUCCCUGUUUCUUCAGUGCCUUUCCUCUGAAUGCCCAGCCUGACGCUGACUCCAGAGUUCAAAUAUUGCAGAAAGAACCUCUCAGCCUAAGAAUGGAGAGGCUCCAUUUAGAGCACCCUUGUAGGGAGAUUUUCUGUGGCCCUCAUCCUCCUUGGCCUUGAGUGUGAGCUCCCAUUCUGCCAGCAGCUUGACCAAGAUCACACUGCUUUUUUCAGGCUAGUUUCAACCCCAUCUGUCUGGCUGCUCAACUCCCAGUACACCACAUCCGAGGGCCAAACCUUUUCUCAAGGAAGGACACAAGGAAGAAAUGUGGGCCCUUCUCCGCCUGAUUUCCCCUAAGGUGAUCCUGAUGAAUCUCAUCCCCAGAAACCAGCCUGGCACUACAGUUGGGAGUUUUCUUUUGAAGAAAACCGCCUGUUUCAGAAACUGCGAGGUGUUUAUGAGAAAGCAAGCCUUCUCAGGCUCCAGACUCCUGGACGGAAGCAUCCGAGGCCCCCAUUGUGUGGGUGUGGCUUUUUAGACUCGGGCAUCUCUUUGCUGUCAGGAACGGGGCUAAGACUAGAGUCCAGAGGACGCCUUCCCAGGAGUGUGCUGCUGUGCGUAAAGUGGAGGCAAGUAAUGGGGUGAAACCCUAGACCAUGGUUCUAGACAUUAAUUGCCCUCGGACAAGGGGCCAGAGCAUGGUGCCCUUGGGAUGGCAGCUGCCCCUGUCCAUGUUUCCGUAAGCAUUUGGGGACAGAGGUGACGGAGCGAACAAAGGGGAGCCAAGUAGGUGGAAGGCCUAAGAGCCGCCAGGCCUGUGCUUUCCUGGCACCUCUUCUGUCAUUCUGAGGGAAGCGGACGUGGCCCAAGAGGCAAAGGCUGUUUCCAGCACGAAUGAGCUUGGCCUCCCUGCCGGGCACAAGGGCACAAUGGACUUUCCCCUCCUGAUAGCCCCUUUCCCUCGUCCUUGGGCAGAGGUUCACACAGGAGCGACCAUCCCAGCGGCUGGAGCGUUUAAAGUGAAAUGCUGGCCAGAGUGCGACCCCAGGGGGUGUUCCGGGAAAGCCUCACGAGGCACCGACCCCCGCUUUAAUCUCUUGAGUCAGGAACCUGGGGCGGCGCAGACCCGGCGGGCUUCCAGGGCGACGGCAGGGGCGGUGGGCGCAUGCGCGCGGGGCGGGGCCUGGCUGCUGGACGCGCUGCCGGCCUCUCUAGCCCCGCCGCGUCUCUGUGGUCGGCCUCCCUGCACUCCGUGCAGCCCGCCGCUUUAGGCCCGCCGCGAGAGGGCGCCACUCUAGCACCGCCGUCUCUAGCCUGCGCCGGUCGGGCGCCGGGCCGCUCUAUCCCCGCGGCGGCGCAGGAAAUGGCUGCGGGACCCCGGCGACCGCGGAGCUCACUCUGGAGCAGUCUGUCUACAGUCCAGACUGUUGUUGGAAGCUUGAAUCCUCUCACUCCUGAGUGGUGACCGACGGCAGUGUGGUGAGGCCUGGUCAUCUGCUAGACCUGAUUGCCAGAUUUUAUGUUAUAUUUAGGGUUUCGGCAAAAGGUGUCCAAACUUCAACACUGGGCAGGGUUUUCAUGUUAUACCAGUCCUUCCUUGAAUGGAGCACUGUAAAAUUGGUCGUCAUUAGCAUCUAAAUGUGAUCAAAGCCUUGGAAGCUAGGAAAGGAAUUCUCAAGGUAUGGAUGAUAAAGGAGACCCAGCCAAUGAGGAAGCACCUAAGGCUAUCAAACCCACAAGUAAAGAGUUUAGGAAAACAUGGGGUUUUCGGAGAACCACGAUUGCUAAGCGUGAGGGUGCAGGGGAUGCUGAGGCUGACCUUGCCGAGCCACAACCCCAGCAACACAGCCUCUCUCUGCGCCGCAGCGGGAGGCAACCAAAGCGCACUGAACGGGUAGAAGAGUUUCUUACCACAGUUCGGCGUCGAGGAAGGAAAAGUGUGCCUGUCUCCCCUGAGGACUCCGGUGAGCCUGCAUCCUGUCCAGUCACUGAUGUGGAGACUGCCUCAGAAGGGAGUGUCGAAAGCAGCUCUGAGAUUAGAAGUGGCCCAGUGCCUGGCUCCUCAGGAGUGAAGGAAUGCCCCACCUCUUCUGAAAAGGCCAAAGGAGGUGAUGAUGAGGAAGACACCUCUGAUAGUGACAGUGAUGGCCUUACUCUGAAGGAACUUCAGAAUCGCCUUAGAAGAAAACGAGAGCAGGAACCAGCAGAGAGGCCCCUAAAAGGCAUUCAGCAUCGCCUGCGGAAGAAGCGUCGAGAGGAGGACCCCACAGAAACUGUGGACGAAGAGGCAGGCAGUGCUGGCAAGGAUGCCCUGCCCCACAAACAGGAGCCUGAGAAUGGCCAGGGGGCUGUCUCUCAGUCAGUGGAAGGUGAUGGAGAGAGUCAGUCAGAGGGGACAGUGGUUCAAGAAACUGAAGAUGAAGGCCCCGGCGACAUAGGCAAACCUAAGCCUGAAUGUGAGGUUUAUGACCCCAAUGCCCUGUACUGCAUCUGCCGACAGCCUCACAACAACAGAUUUAUGAUCUGCUGUGACCGAUGUGAGGAAUGGUUCCAUGGUGACUGUGUAGGCAUUUCUGAGGCCCGAGGGCGGCUUUUGGAAAGGAAUGGGGAAGAUUACAUCUGCCCUAACUGCACCAUUCUGCAAGUGCAGGAUGAGACAACUUCAGAAGCCACAGAUGAGCAAGAAUCUAGAUGUAGACCUGGAGGUGCUGACGGCACAGACUGUACAAGCAUAGGGACGGUAGAGCAGAAGUCUUGUGAAGACCAGGGGAUAAAAGGUAGAAUUGAGAAAGCUGCAAAUCCCAGUGGCAAGAAAAAACUCAAGAUAUUCCAGCCUGUUGUAGAGGCUCUUGGUGCUGCAAGGUGCAUUGGCCCUGGGUGCUCCAAUGUGGCACAGCCUGACUCAGUUUACUGCAGUAAUGACUGUAUUCUCAAACAUGCAGCAGCUACUAUGAGAUUUCUAAGUUCAGGUAAAGAACAAAAACCAAAACCUAAAGAAAAGGUCAAGAUGAAGCCAGAAAAACUCAGUCUUCCCAAAUGCAGUGUUCAGGCAGGGAUUAAAAUCUCUUCUGUGCACAAGAGACCAGCGCCAGAGAAAAAAGAAAACUCAGCAAAGAAGAUGAUGGUGGCCCCUCCUAGAAACGAGUCCACAGGGAAGGAGGCGACCUAUGAGAGCAGCACGCCAUCCUGGGCGAGUGACCACAACUACAAUGCAGUGAAGCCAGAGAAGCUUGUUGCACCCUCACCCGCACUGUUGUGUAAAUCUGUGAAGGACGACAGGAGGGCAGAGGACAGAACAGUGGCAGCUAUAGCAGCCUCAAAGAAAACAGCCACUCCAGGCUCCUUGGGCAGACAAGCUUCGCCUAGAAAUCUUGUUCCAAAGAAGACCUCUCCUUUUGCUAAUGUGACAGGAGCCAAACCGACCAUUAAAAAGUCACCCUUAGGCUUCAAGGGCACUAUCCCCAAGAGGCCAUGGCUCUCAGCCACCCCACCCGGUGCUUCAGCUGCCAGACAAACAGGACCAAUGCCUGUCACUGCUUCCAAAAAGCUGCCCAGCUCUGCUACUAUGGUGGGAACCAUCAGAAAACCAAUGGCAACUAAUGUACCUGCAGCCUCUCCAGCCCCAGGACGCCUUGGAGCUUCGAGCCCUGCCCCAUCACAGCCAAAUUCACAAAUUCGGCAAAAUAUAAGACGCUCUUUGAAAGAGAUUUUGUGGAAAAGAGUCAAUGACAGUGAUGACUUAAUCAUGACAGAAAACGAAGUGGGGAAAAUUGCCCUCCACAUCGAGAAGGAGAUGUUUAACUUGUUCCAAGUUACAGAUAAUCGCUACAAGAGUAAAUACCGCAGCAUCAUGUUCAACCUCAAGGAUCCCAAGAAUCAGGGACUUUUCCAUCGAGUUCUGCGUGAAGAGAUCUCUUUGGCAAAACUGGUGAGAAUGAAGCCAGAAGAGCUUGUAUCCAAAGAGCUCUCCAUGUGGAAAGAGAGGCCAGCAAAACCUGUGCCAGAGUCCAGAAGUAAGUUGCAUAAUGAAAGCAAGAAGACCACCGUUAAGCCUGAAGCCAUUCCUGACAUGGAAGAUUCUCCACCUGUGUCAGAUUCAGAUGAACAGCAAGAAUCAGUGCGCGCUGCCCCAGAGAAGAGUACAGUGCCUCUUCUGGAUGUCUUCAGCAGCAUGUUGAAGGAUACAACGAGUCAGCAUCGAGCACAUCUUUUUGAUCUAAACUGUAAAAUUUGUACAGGUCAGGUGCCAUCAGAAGAUGAACCAGCUCCUAAAAAACAAAAGUUAUCAGCUUCUGCAAAGAAAGAAGACUUAAAAUCCAAGUAUGACAACUCUCCAUCUGAUCCAGUUCCUAACUCAGCUGGUGAAGGGAUUGCAGAGACUCUGCCUGAAAAUGCCUCUGAAGUAGACCUGGAAAGUGCACCUCAUCCAAACCUAGAGAGAAAAUAUUUCUCUGGGUCUCCAGGAGAGAGCCAUUCCGAGCCCUCCCCACAGGAAGGCCUCCCCCACUGCCCAGCAUCCUGUGGGGGUGGGGUGGUCACCACAGUCACAGUGUCUGGCCGGGACCCCAGAACUGCUCUGAGUGGGUCAUGCAUGGUCACAGCCUCCACAGCAGCCCAGCUGGACAGCACCCACAUGGCAGAAACCAAACCAGAUGUGCUAAAGCCUGCUUUGACUCCUGUAAUGGUACCCAAGUCCAUAUUGGCUAAGCCAUCCUCAUCCCCUGACCCAAGAUACCUAUCAGUUCCACCAUCACCAAAUAUCAGCAUCUCAGAAUCACGGUCCCCCCCAGAAGGAGACACUGCGCUCUUUUUGUCUCGGCUCAGCACCAUUUGGAAAGGAUUUAUUAACAUGCAAAGUGUAGCAAAAUUUGUCACUAAGGCGUAUCCUGUCUCUGGGUGUUUUGAUUAUCUCAGUGAGGACUUGCCUGACACGAUUCACAUUGGUGGCAGGAUUGCUCCGAAGACUGUUUGGGACUAUGUCGGCAAGCUCAAAUCUUCCGUGUCUAAGGAGCUCUGUCUGAUCCGCUUUCACCCUGCAACAGAGGAGGAAGAGGUUGCCUACAUUUCUCUCUACUCCUAUUUUAGCAGCCGUGGCCGCUUUGGGGUGGUAGCUAAUAACAACAGGCAUGUCAAGGACCUCUACUUGAUUCCACUGAGUGCUAAGGACCCCGUACCAUCUAAACUCUUGCCCUUUGAGGGACCAGGUCUUGAGUCACCACGUCCAAAUAUAAUCCUUGGGUUAGUAAUCUGUCAAAAAAUAAAACGUCCUUCGAGUGCUGGCGAAAUAGAGGAGAAACGGGCUCGACUUCAGCAAGAAGAAAUGGAUGCUCCAAUCUAUCCCAAAGUAACUGCAACCUCACAGUCUGAGAAGAAGCCCCCUAAGUGCCAGCCCCACUCUGUGGACACAGCUGUCAGCACCACGCCCCCUGGGUCUCCUCCACCCCCACCCCCUCUUCCUGAGCCCCCAGUAAUGAAAAUCCUCUCAUCCCUCAAGCCAGGUGCCACUAGCACCAGCACAGCGUCCACUGUAUCAGCAGUGGUCACCACAGCAGCUUCCCCUGUCGCUUCAGCCGCGUCAAAAACAGCCUCACCACUGGAACACAUCCUACAGACUCUGUUUGGAAAGAAGAAAUCUUUUGAACCCCCUGCCAAAGAGUCUGCUGGACCUAUUCCAGCUCCCCAUCAGGAGUCUAAAACCAAGGGUGAAGACGGUGUGUCAGCACCUCCGUUACUGGAUCCAAUUGUUCAGCAGUUUGGUCAGUUCUCAAAAGAUAAGGCUCUGGAGGAGGAAGAAGACGAUAGACCCUAUGACCCUGAGGAAGAGUAUGACCCCGAAAGAGCCUUCAACACCCCGCUUCCUGAGCAAGGAAGGCACCAUGAUGCGGAGAAGGCUCCUGAAACAGCUGAGAGGGAAGAGGUAGCCUACGACCCGGAGGAUGAGACCAUUUUAGAAGAAGCCAAAGUGACUAUUGAUGACCUGCCCAACAGGAUGUGCACAGACGUGAAUGGCAACGCCACAGAGAGGCCAGUGGAAUAUGCUGCUGGCGUCUCCACUCCCUCUCUGGUUGAGCAACAGAAAAUGUUAGAAGAACUGAACAAACAAAUAGAGGAGCAGAAGCGACAGCUGGAGGAGCAGGAAGAAGCUCUUAGGCAGCAGAGGGCUGCUGUUGGGGUCUCCAUGGCACACUUCUCUGUGUCAGAUGCAUUGAUGUCUCCACCUCCAAAGUCAUCGCUGGCCAAGGCAGAGCUAUUCCCGCAGGAACAGCAAGCCUCAGACUUGAGUCAGGGAGCCCCGGGAACGAGCCUCAGCUCGGACUUGAGGCAGAGUAGAGACCCCCGGCAGGCCAGGCGGCUAGCUGCUGAGAGCAUUGAGAGUGAGCCUUCCCCCAGGGGCCAAGUGGGCAGUACCCCGAGUAUGCAGGGUGCUCCAAGGGAGAGUCCUGCUGCUGGGGCUGCAGCAGGCCAGGUGUCUGGGCUGGCCCAGGAAGUAAAGGAGUCAGGAACUACUCCUUGGGCUCCAGGUGAAAAAGCUGCACUGAUAUCUGAGCAGGAUGGCCAGAGGUGUGAGCACCACAGAAACCCUGUGACGCCCCUGGAGAACACUCAUCCUCCAGCAACUGGAGAUGGUGCAGCUAGACCUGCUCGGAGAGUGCUGCUGCCCACACCUCCGAGCACAUCCUUUCAACCCGGCUUCUCAAUGCAGAAUGAUGCACAGAAUUUUAAUGCUCCUGGGGGAAGGGAGCCUUUCUCAGGUCCAAUAUUUACAUCUCAGGAAAAGUCACUUGGUUCGUCUCAAUAUGAGGACCCAAGAAAUGCUCAGUCUGCUGGGAAGAGUGAUAGCCCAGCAGUGGACACUGAGGGGGGCCGAGAGCCACAGCCCAGGCCUGUCGAGGGCACAGCCUCCUUCCCUGUGUCUGGGCAAAGGGGAGGAGCUCCUCAGCCCCAGUUUCCAGGCCAGCGUGAACCCACACCUCGCACUUUUGGGAUGUCAGGACUUCAUGGCCCCAGUUUCCCAGGACCACGGGGGCCAGUCCUUCCAUUUUCAGAAGAGAAUGCGCCUAACAAUGACGGGUCAAGAGGACCUCCACCUCCACCUGCCAGAUUUGGAGCCCAGAAAGGGCCCAUCCCUUCCUUAUUUUCGGGGCAACAUGGGCCACCUCCUUAUGGGGACAACAGGGGCCCCUCGCCCUCUUACCUUGGCGGGCCUAGAGGAGGAGCACCGGCCCAGUUUGAAGAACGCAAGGAUCUCCAUGUGGAGAAAAGGGAAUUCCAGGACACCCCAUACAGUGAGAUGACCAGUGCCCCUGGCCAGUGUGAAGGACCAGAGCAGGCUCAGUUCAUGGGGAACAGAGUCACCACACCUUUCCAGUUUGGAGGCCAGAGACGACCUCUGCUGACUCAGCUGAAAGGGCCCCGAGGAGGCCCCCCACCCUCUCAAUUUGGAGGCCAGAGAGGACCACCCCCUGGCCAUUUUGUGGGCCCCCGCGGGCCGCAUCCUAAUCAGUUUGAAACUGCUCGGGGUUCCCAUCCCAGUCAGUUUGAAGGACCCAGAGGCCAAGCACCAGGCUUCAUGCCAGGUCCCCGGGGUGGUCAGCCCCAGCAGUUUGAGGAACAGAGAGUGAACUCACCGCCCAGGUUUGCAGGUCAGAGGGCACCAGCACCCCUGCCAUUUGGAGGACCAAGGGGCCCUGUUCCCUUUUCUGAAAAAAACGAACAAACACCUUCCCGAUUUCACUUUCAGGGACCCUCCUCGCAAACAAUGAAGCCUCCCCCCAGGCCCCUGCUGGAGCUCCCAAGCCACCCCCCACAGCACAGAAAGGACAGGUGGGAUGAGGCAGGCCCAGCUGCAGCCCUGCCCUCUGGUGCGGCACCUGGACAGGGCCCUGAGGCUGAUGGACAGUGGGCGGCUUCUGAUUUCCGAGAAGGCAAAGGCCAUGAGUACCGGAACCCGGCUUUUGAAGGGAGGCAAAGGGAGAGGUUCGAAGGUGGGCCCAAAGAAAAGCCACUGGACGAGUCUGAAGCCCAAGGGCCAGAGAACCGACAGGGCCGGGUGUUUGAGGACAGGAGGCGAGAACGGGAACGAGGCAGGAACUGGAGUCGAGAGAGAGACUGGGAGAGGAGCCGGGAGUGGGAACGACACCGGGAAAAAGACUGUGGCCGGGAAUGGGACAGAGGCAGGGAGAGGAACACCAGCAGGGACAAAGAGCGGGAGGCCGAACGGGCCAAGGAGUGGGACCGAAGCCGGGAGAGGAGCAGAAACCGUGACCGCGACAGGAGGCGGGACCGAGACAGGUCCCGGAGCAGAGACCGAGACCGGGAGAGGGCCCGUGACAAAGACCGAGAACCUAGAGAGCGAGGUCAGGAUCGCAAGGACCGCAGCAAGAGCAGAGAGAGUGCACGGGACCAGAAGCCUGAGGCCACCAGGACCUGUGAAGGCGGUGCAGCCUCCUCCCAGGCCUAGAGGCCUGCACUGGGCACGGGCUUGGCCACUCUCACGUGUGUAGGCUCAGUUGGGUGGGCAGGGAUCCUCUUAAAAAGACAAGUUCAUAAAGUGUGUUGAGCAGUCUUUGAAAUGGCCAUGAGCUUAGGUGCGGGAUAGAACAUUCUGGACUUUAAGAAUUGCUGUAAUUUUGUGCAUAAUGGUUUCUUACAAAAUUUCCCAUCUUUACAAUGCUGAUUUUUUUUUAAAAAACUCAAAUUUUCCAUUUAAGGUUACAGAAAUGGGAGAGUACUUACAAAAGCAUAUUGCUUUUUCAGAUUACACAGUCAUCUUUUUCCACAGAUAACUUUAGAUAGACUCCAAAUAGAGUUUGAGAGAAUGUCAGUGAACCUAGAGCCAUACCUUUGCUGGCAUUUUGUUUGCUUCCGCGUUUCUGAAACUGUCUCCAGGACUCUUGGCGGCCGUCCUGGGUGGCGCACUGUCAGGCAGGUGAGCUGCAGCUGCAGGAGGACAGUAGCUCCCCUGGAUGUAUCACCUCAUAAAUGUUUUUUAAAAACAAAGCAACAUCUGUCCUAGUAGAAACUGUUGCAUUUUAAGUAACAAUUUAUUGGAAAAUGUUUGAUUUUAUUAGCCUAAAGAAAGAGAAAGCAAACCAAUUAGUGUGCGUUGAGAGGUGGGUGUCUUCCUUGGAUGAACACAAUCAGGAACGCCUUGUCAAAUUUGGCCCUCCGAGCAGCUCCCCAGGCUAGGACGUGCAUCUGAGCCCAGCUGCCAUGUGUUAGGUGAUUGGUUUGAGAGUUUGUCACUGGAUUGGAGCAAUAUUUGUACAAAGUCUGAGGAGGACAAGUGAAACAGAGGACUUCUCACUGACAUGCAGCGUUCUGCUGCUGGUCACAAUUUUCCAGGAACUUCCGAAUUGUGAGAUAGAGAAGGCUGGCUAACUUAUUUGCCUGUAUAAAUACACUUUGAUAAUUCUUUUUAUAUUUUCAUAAACUUACUUUUGCAGAUAUAAAAUUAGAGAAUUUCAUUUGUUCUUUGGAGUCUUUUAUUCCAUUGUGCAUCACUACAGAUUUUUCACUUU